AUGUCUCAGGCAGACGAGAAGAAUCAUUCAUCCAAGGAGGCCAUUGUGGCCGACGGGGAAACGGUCGCUCAGAAAGAAAACAACGACCACCAGACAGCCUCCAUCGAAGAGCAGGCCCAAAUGACGCAAGCCGACAAGGGGAAAGCCACCCCCAAAGCUGAAACGCCUAGUGAGGAACCGAUCAAAGAAAAAGACGGCGGCAAAAUCAUUGGCGCGAUUCGAAAGAGCUUCUCUCUAAGCCCGAGGAAGGAACCGCUCGACGCCUCUGCCACGACGCAGCACUCGUCCCUCGAUGUGACCAGGGAGAAAGGAGCUGAAGCUGUGACAGAGACUGCCAAGGGGCAAGAGACAAAGGAUGGCGACAGUGGCAAGGAGCACGUAGACGGCCCCUUGGUCAAUCUUCGUCGUCGCUUCACCCAAGGCUUCAAGAAAGACGAGUCGGCAGACAAAGCCCCAAGCAAUGAAAAGGAGGACAACAAAGAAAUGCCACCCGAGCAGAGUCAAGCUCAGCACGAGCAAAACCGCCCGAGUGGUGACGGUGGUAAAGCGAAAGACGAUGAGGCUGGUACGGCGUCGUCUGCCUUACCGAGGACACCACUUGUCAAGAGGGUCCAGAGCCUUGCUAGUGGCCUCAAGAACAUCUUUGAUCAUGACAAAGACAAAGAGAGCAAGCAGGAGCCUAAUCACAAAGCCACUGUCAGCGAGGGCCAGACCCAAUGCGGUUGCACCUCAAUGACCGAGGCGCCCAUUCCCGACGCCUCGGCGGCAGCAACGACAACACCUGCGUGCUCACCUCCAGCAAAAACCCGCAUUUCUCUCAGUGCUGUGGGGGCCGAGGCUAGGCAAUUCCUCUUCGGUAGCAGCGUGGCACAUGACGACGGGCGCCAAGCAAAGCAAAAUGCCAGUGCGGCUACGACGACGACGGACAAUGAGCCUUCGAAAUGCUCUCCGAACGAGACAGCACAGGUAGAGACGGCGAUGGUCCCAGUGCUGGAGUCAAAGGGAGGAGAGAAGGCACAAGGCGGCAGUCAGCAGAAAGCGGUAGAGGGUGGCACGACCCCAGCCAAAAAAGAAUCUGGGGAAUGGAAGGCCGCUGUCAAGAAAGCUCUCGCAACGCCUCUUCACUUUGCUUUGCCCUCACACGGUGACGGCGCCGCAACUGAAAAGAAGAAGGAACCAAUUAAGACGGCGCACCUGGAAGAAGGUCGCGAGCAGACGGUUGCUUCUUCUGGAACUAACGAGACACCGUCCUCGCCUCCUCGCAGCCCACUCAAAUCUACCGCCCUACUUUUUGACCACUUGAAGAGCAGGCUUCAGAAAGUAGCCAAUGAGAAGACCAACGAUGAAUCGAGCAAAGAUGCUUCCAGUUCUGGACAAGAAGAGGCCGUUGCUCAACCAUCAAACUCGAUCGAGGUUGCAAGCGCUGCUCCCGCCCCACCUGAGAAGGAAGAGCCAAAGGGGUCUAUGGAACGUGCAGGCAAUUCGCUAUCAAAGAAGGAAGAAAAGGGAACACAUCGUCUGUCCAUCCUCUCCAACAUCAAGAAGACUUUGUCCGCCGUAUCCCCUCUGAAGAACUCCGACAACACCACCCACGCCCUUGAAAAUGUCGCGACGUCCGCCUCUUCGCCAGUCACUCUGCCGCCCGAGGCAACCUCAACCCCGUCUGAGCAGAGAGAGCCUACCCGCUGCCCCGAAGCCCCGCUCCAUCCACUCACCAUCGACACAGCUGUCGACUCUAAGAAGAAGCAAGGAGAUGUGACUCCCGUCAAGAACACAGAGGGAGACCAGAAAGCAUUGGCUGCAGCCGUCAAGAAAGAAGACGAGAGCGAAGCUGACGACUCAAUCUUCUAUGCCGAUCUACCGCCUACGCCCACGCCGAAGGCUAAGUCUUCUUCGACGAGCAUCAUGACCGGCAAGUCGAUUGCCGUCACGGCUCGAGAAGAGUAG